AUGGCAUUGGAUAUCAAACAAUUUAUUAAUUUUGCCGGAAUGGCAAAGGAUCUCAAGAGUUUCAAUUUUAGCGUGUACGGGAGAUGGUUCGGAUACAUUAACAUUAUUCUGUGUAUUGCGCUCGGUGUGGCAAAUCUAUUCCAUGUCAAUGCAGUUAUUGCCUUUGGUAUAAUCAGUAUAAUUCAAGGUUUAGUUAUCUUAUUCAUUGAGAUUCCGUUCCUUUUAAAGAUCUGUCCUCUAAGUGAAAACUUUAUUGAAUUUAUUAAAAGAUUUGAAACGAAUGGGUAUAGAUGUUUGUUUUAUUUGGGGAUGGCUAUUAUUCAAUAUUGUUCCAUUAUUUUGAUGGCUACUAGUUUGAUUGUUGUUGCCAUUGGGUUGACUAUUUCAUCCAUGAGUUAUGCGGUUGCAUUUGCCAAUCAUCAAGAAUUUCAAAACACUAAUAUUAUUAAAAACCCAGCUGAUGCAGAUUUCCCACAUGAAGCUGUCGUGAGAGAGAUGGUAUGA